AAGUUACAUGACGCUUUUGUGAUCUUGGGAGAUCCUCAGAAGAGAGCACUCUAUGAUGGAAUGGGUUGUGUUGAAUCAGGAGAUUGUCGCGCAUCACCGUAUGACUGUUGUAGGAGAAGAAAUGAGCAUGUUACUCUCGACAACAUCGAAAGUUUUUGUGAGCACCAUAGAGGUUCAGAGGCCGAGGUUAAAGAUCUCAAAGGUCUCUAUAUGAAACAUGGAGGCAAUAUGGACAAAGUGUUUGCUAACCUCAUGUGCUCGGAGCCAAGGGAGGAUUCUCAUCGUUUUAUGGAAGUGCUAUAAUCAUACAUUUAAUCCUAAAGCUUACUUCCUUCGUUUAAAUUAGGCGCAAAGUAAUAUCGGACUUGGGCAAAUCAAUUCCAGUAAACUUAGAUUGAAGCCUUUAUAGCAAGUGCCUCGAUAUUUGUUUA